GUAGUGAUCGGUAUUCCUCUCUGUGCCAUCAUGGGCAGGGUCGACGUGGAAGCCUGGGCCGCUGAAGCCUCCACUGGCGACGAUACCGACCAGGAAGGGUCUUCCUCUGGUCCAUUCUGGUCAUCCGAGAAAAGUGCCAGUGAAUGGCCGAAAGCAUUGGAGUAUGCACGAUCGAAGCUGCUAUCAGCCAGCACUCGCGUCAGGUCGACUUUCUUGAAGCAAGAUCUACUGUCUGUCAUUAAGCGCGAAGAUUUAACUCUAUCUCAGACUUUGGAUGUAUUCCAGCUUCUAACUCUAACAUAUCCCCGGUAUGUGGACACCAUCUCGAGGGACGCAGUGGAGGCGGUUGGGAUGGAGAUUGUGCGGCGAGACGAGGUGCGCGGGACGCCCCAGGGCCCUCAAGGAGAGAGCAAAUUGGGAGUGACGGAGCAGAUCCUCGGGUGGCUCGCUCAUGAGGUUGGUGGGAUCAGCAAGAGAGGCUCUUCCAGUUCCUAUGCGGCAUCAAACAUGUAUGUUCUCCUUAGCUGGUCCUGCGGCCUGUACACGGUCUGCCUCGAGGCGAACCCAGACUUCACCUCCUCCCAAGCUUGGGAAGUGCUUGCGCGGGUCAUGGCUCUGUUAACCGAUAUGGUCCUGCACCCUGGUACGCGAAGCAAGCCGUCUCUGCAACGAAGCGCGCUUGUUAGGACACGUCGGGCGCUCCGUUCGCAUCCCCCAAAGGUUCCUGUACUCAUGGAAACUCUGAUACGACAAGCGAAGGCUCACUCUUCGCCAUUGUCGUUUAUCCCUCUACUUGGCUCGGCGGUCGAUGUUACGCUGCGGCUGAAGAAUGUCAAAGACCAGUCGCUGAGACAGGUGCCUGCGAGUAUCAAGAACGACAUGAUUGGGCUGUAUACAAACUCCGUGCUACUAUCGAAGUCGCCGGUAUCCGCACAUGCAUUGUCCGCUUUGCAUGAUUUCAUCAGGGACGUUGUAUCGCCAGAAGACUUCGAGAGAGUCAUUCUUCCCACUAUGGAGAAGUCAGUUCUCCGAUCCCCAGAGUAUUCUCUGAACGUGAUGAGGGAGUUUUUCGUUGCAUAUUCCCAUGCGCUCCAGUCGGAUUCUUUUCGACGAGUUGCUGCUGCGGUCAUCAACAGCUCGAAGUCGAACAAUGUGCUUGUCCGCACUACUGCAGUCGCCUUGUUCCAGAAUAUCGCGACGAAGAGCUCGAGUCCGGAGGAUCUGGAAUUCCUGGUCAAUGAACUGCUCACGCUCCCCAAGACGGGGAAAACAUCAGGGCCUGAACACCGAGUAGCCUUAUUCUCCAUGUUAGACGCGCUCCCUCCCAGCCCUUCCAUCUCGCUCACGAUUUUGCAAAACGUUCCAGCGCUCUUCUCCAAAGAGUCGCAUGAGGCCGCGAUCACAAUGUUGAUCUCCUCCUUGGCAGUGCACAUCACGUCGCUUCUCAAAUCGAAAGAGAAGUUGCCAGCUGAGGCAUUGAGUCUGGUUGCGAAGGAGAUGAACAGUCCUAAGCCGGCAGUGCGGAGGGCGUUCUGCGCGUUGACCGGGAAUGUCUUCUGGACGCUUGGUGACCUCAAGUCGGAUCCAUCGGUAGAAUGUGCUAGGGCUGUCCUACCAGCGAUCGAGACGAACUUGAAGACAGUCUCAGCGAAUCCGGUGGCUGCGGUUGCUGGUCCUCUCGAGGGAUAUAUAGCAGUUGCUGUGAUACUUGGCGCGUUUCUCUCUUCUGGAAAAUUCGACGACCUGAUUUCCAAGAACGCUAUCAUCAAGACCUUAGGGUCAACGUCGCCGAAGCCUGCAUUCUUAUUUUGGGAUAAGGUGUAUCAGAAGUUGAGUACGCUCGAGGAAGAAGUUUGGUUCCUGCGGGCAUGUGAAGUCUCUGUGAUCCACCUAGCAAACGAGAUAGUCAAGUCGCAGGCCCUAAGCUCGUAUGUUGGUUCUGCUUUCUUGCACUUGGCUGUUGACAGCCGGUUCUCGGAUAUCCGUCGUCAGUGCGUCAAAUCCUUAGAGACUCUCAGCUCGAGAGUUCCGAAGGUCGUCAGUUCCAUUGCAAAGGAGGGCCUGCUGGUGUACCUUGUGCACGCCAAGCCCUCUCUGAGUCUCAAGACCAUAGAGGAUGAGUCGGAAAAGCCUAUCCUCAAUUUGGAGAAUAGACUCGCGGCAGUCCUUCUGGCUUCUGCCUCAUUCUCGGACGACUGUGAUGUUACCACCAAGCAGGACAUCUUAGCUGAUCUCAUAAAUAUUGCGCACCAUCCUACAACAUGCGGCAAGAGGCGUCAAGUCUGGAUCGAAAUGUGUCAGAAGGCUGGACUUGAUCCGCAAGGACUUAUCAACAACAAGCUCGACGCGAUUUUCCACAGCAUACUUGCAGCGUCAGAUUCUAGUGAUCGAGGUCUCGUCAAAAGCAGCUACCGUGUGUUAAGCACGAUUGCCUUCGUUGCACCUGCUGCGGUCUUACCUCGUGCAAUGGACCAAUUACGAUUGGAUAUAUCGGCGAGCGACAUCAACUCCCUGACUGAUACUGAUCUGGGCAUCUGGGCAACUCCGGAGGGCGCAACCUACAUCGACGUCCUUUCGAAUAAGAAGGAUGAGGCACCGAUAAAGAAAGGCAAGGGUGCUGAUAUAGCCAAAUGGGAGGCUGAACUUAGGAAGUCUCUUGCCAACAAGAAGGCCGUAAACUCGGGGAAGCUGUCGAAGCAAGAUCAAGCCCUUGUACAAGCUCAGCUGGACAAGGAAGCAGUCAUCCGGCAUCGCGUCACAGGAAUUAAGUUCCACCUACAGCGUGGUCUUGCGUUCGUCCGUAGUAUCGUAGCUGCUCGAGUUGACGACUUCCGGGCCUACGUGUCGAAUGUUGCGACACUGCUUCUUCAUGGAGCGUUCGACAAGGGAGUCUUGUUAUGCGGAUAUGAACCUUACCACACAUACCUGGACCUUUCUUCAUGCUGCUCAGAACGCCUAGACCUUUUCAGACCUCUCAUAGGGGCGGCGACCUUGCGAUCCUUACAAGUAAGCGGCAUACCAGAGGAGAUGCGAGCAGAGCCCUUGAAUCACUUGGUCUCCAGGAUCCUGUAUCGUCUGCGGUUCUUAUCGGAGCAAGCGCCAUUGGAUGCCGCUACCUUCUCCUACGCCUACCCUUUACUCAGUCAAGUCUUGGUGCAAGGUGGCAUAGCACUGAGCGAGGAGGAUGACCCUCUCGAGCAGAUAACUUUGGCUCUGGAUAUUGUUAGGUUCCACUGCAGUGAAUUCGGAGAUUCGGCAUUCCCAAGAGCAGCCAUCCUGACGGAUCUGAUCCAUGCUAUUCGGAACCAACCUCGCCUUGCUAAGGACGCAGCGUCUGCUCUGAUCGAUUCAGCGCAAGCGGUCAGUCAAACUGCAUCCCCGGAGGAGUCCUCCAUUCUAUUACGAGGCACACUGCACCAAGAAGUCUACGCCCGGAAUGCUUGUUUGCAAGCCUUGCAGCCGUUUGACCUCACGGAAUUGGAUUGGUCCAUUGAGCUUUGGAUCGCCAUGCACGAUGACGACGAACAAAAUGUUAGGCUUGCUCAGACGAUUUGGGAGGAUAACGGUUUGGAUGUACCAGAGGCUUUUCUGGAGCCCCUGCUGGACUACCUCGGUCACGACAAUAGCUAUGUACGGUCCAGCGCCGCUGCGGGGUUGGCCGACGCUGUGCAACAUUACCCUCAGCUUUCCGCAAGGGUCGUCAAGGCUCUGGAACGAUUGUAUCGUGACAAGGCGAAGAUCCUGGCUCCCGAGUUCGACCAAUACGGUAUGGUCAUUGAGCAAAGUCUGAACCGUAUCGAUCCCUGGCAAACUCGACAAGCCGUCGCUCGGACAUUUCAGCUAAUAGCACCAUACAUCCCAUCAGAAGAAAUUGAGAAUUUCUUCACGUUCCUGAUAAAAGAUGAAGCAUUAGGUGAUGGCGCUCCUGAGGUGCGCAGGGAAAUGCUCCAGGCUGCAACCGUCGCAGUAGAUGUCCAUGGGGCCCAAAAUCUUGCCUCCCUUAUCGCAUUAUUCGAACAGCAGCUUGCCAGCCCUGGUUCUGCGUCUGAGGCCAGCGACUACAUAAAAGAAGCAGUGGUGAUUCUUUUCGGUCGAGUAGCCCGCCAUCUGGAUCGCAGUGAUAAACGCAUUCCGACGAUCGUGGACAGACUGGUCGAGGCAUUGAAGACACCCUCGGAGCAAGUGCAGAUAGCAGUCGCUGAUUGUCUUGGUCCGCUAGUCGCUGGAAUGGGGACGGAAGUUGCUGCAUUGGUGGAUAAACUGAUGGAGCAGCUGUUCAGUGCGCCAAAGUACGCAGCACGACGAGGGGCUGCUUAUGGCUUGGCAGGAGUCAUCAAGGGAGUAGGAAUCGCCGCUAUGACUGAAUACGAUAUCUUAGGUCGUAUACGGGAGGCGGCAGCGGACAAGAAGCGCUUUGAGGCGAGACAAGGUGCAAUGUUUGCCUUGGAGACCUUUUCGAACAUGCUAGGACGCCUGUUCGAGCCGUACGUUAUGCACGUUCUACCCUUGCUCUUGACAUCGUUCGGAGAUGCCGUCGCCGACGUUCGUGAGGCAACACAGGAUGCAGCGCGUGUUAUCAUGGGCAACCUGUCGGGCUUCGGGAUCAAGCUCAUAUUACCGUCUCUAUUGUCAGGCCUGGACGAGAAGCAGUGGAGGACGAAACGAGGUUCUAUAGAGCUUCUUGGAAUGAUGGCGUACUGCUCACCGAAGCAAUUGUCCCAAUCCCUCCCCAUCGUAAUUCCCCGGCUGACUGGGGUAUUGACGGACUCACAUGCUCAAGUCCGGGCAGCCGCAAAUCAGAGUUUGAAACAGUUCGGCGAAGUAAUCAGUAAUCCGGAAAUCAAACACCUCAGUCCUGUGUUACUCAAGGCUCUCGUCGACCCAGGGAAGACUCCGAAUGCGCUAUCGUCUCUUCUCAAGACUUCCUUCGUACAUUACAUCGACCAGUCGUCUCUGGCCCUGGUUGUACCCAUCAUCGAACGAGGUCUGCGGGAGAGAGGCGCUGACGUGAAGAAAAAGGCUGCUCAGAUCGUCGGGAAUCUGGCAUCACUCACGGAUACUAAAGACUUCGUUCCCUACCUUCCCACUCUCCUGCCUAUGGUGCAUGUGGUUUUAGUGGACCCAGUUCCCGAGGCGCGGGCCACUGCUGCCAAGGCGCUGGGAACACUCGUUGAGCGAUUAGGAGAGGGCCAUUUCCCGGACCUGGUGCCGGGAUUGAUGAGAACAUUGAAGACAGAUACGUCCGGUGUUGACCGACAGGGUGCAGCACAAGGCUUAAGUGAAGUCCUCGCUGGACUUGGGAUGGAGAGACUCGAGGGUUUGUUGCCCGACAUUAUUGCCAACGCUCAGUCUCCUCGCAGCACAGUGAGAGAAGGGUUCAUGACGCUCUUGGUCUUUUUACCAGUUACCUUCGGUGCUCGAUUCCAACCUCAUCUACCCAAGCUCAUCACUCCCAUCCUCAGUGGUUUGGCUGAUUCGGAGGAGUAUGUCAGAGAAGCAUCCAUGCGUGCUGGUCGGAUGAUUGUCACGAACUACGCAAGCAAGGCUAUAGAUCUGCUGCUACCGGAGCUGGAACGUGGGAUGUUCGAUCCGGGAUGGCGCAUCAGGCAAUCUUCGAUCACCCUUGUGGGCGAACUCCUUUUCAAGAUAUCCGGGAUCAGUGGCAAAGCUGAGAUGGAUGACGAAGAGGAGGUUGUCGACGAUACGGGAGCUGCAGAAACCUCGAAACGUGCCCUUGUUGAGACUUUGGGAGUUGAACGUAGAGACCGUAUUUUGUCCGCCUUGUACCUUGCUCGCCAGGACCCUGUUGUCGCCGUCCGCCAAGCUGCGAUGCACAUAUGGAAGGCUCUGGUGCACAAUACGCCCCGAACAGUUCGGGAGAUUCUUCCCGAGCUCAUGGCUCAAAUUAUACGUCUUCUAUCUAGCUCUGAAUCUGACCAACAAGAUACGGCCGCGCGCACAAUUGCGGACUUGUGUCGUAAAUCUGGAGAGAGGAUGUUCGCUGAAGUUAUCAGCGUAUUACGCUCUAAUUCAACCUCUUUGGACGCUCGUACUCGGCAAGGCGUCUGCUUGGCGAUAAGCGAACUAUUACCGAACACUGGAGAGAAUCAGCGUGAAGGGCACGAGGACGAGAUUAUUUCUAUGGUCCGUCAAUCCUUGGUGGACGACGAAGCAGACGUACGCUCUGCGGCAGCCAAAGCCUUUGAUGUACUCCAAGAGGAGCUCGGAGUCAAGGCGAUUGACCAAACUAUUCCUACCUUGCUCGAAGCUCUCCGACAACCUGGAGCCAGUUCUGGCACGGCUCUGCAUGCUCUAAGAGAGGUCAUGAGUGUCCGCUCUUCCACUGUGUUCCCGGUGCUGAUACCCACUCUGACAACCUCACCAAUGUCUGCUUUCAAUGCGAGAGCACUGGCGUCACUUGUUACAGUCGCUGGAAAUGCCUUGAGCAAGCGUGUCUCCAUUAUCUUGACUUCUCUAAUCAAGGAACUGGAAAGCAAUCCUCAGCCUGAACUUCGAGAUGCAAUAGAUGAAGCGCUCAGGUCUCUUCUCGCCUCUGUGAGUGACCCAGAAGGCCUGAACACAUUGAUGCUGCUGCUCCUUGGAUGGUGCAAGAGUGAUUCCAGCCAGCGUCGUGCAAGCUCAUUACAAGUCUUCGCCACGUUCUGUGAAGUGUCUGAGCUUGACGAUUCUCUGUACCGAGUGGACUGGAUACGGCAGUUGGUUUCCUCAAUGGACGAACAGCAAGAGAAGAUACACACUGCCGCGUGGCAUGCUCUAGACGUCUUUGUCAAACGUGUUCCAAAGGACGAGUUAGAGCCCCUCGUCGUGCCACUCCGACGUACAAUUGAGAGCACCGGUACUCCUGGACACCACGUGCCUGGCUUCAGCCUACCUAAGGGUGUCUCACCUUUAGUCCCCAUAGUUAUUGCGGGUCUAACUACUGGCAGUAACGAACAACGCGAGCAUGCCGCGUACGCGAUUGGCGAUCUCGUUGAACGGACCGCCGAGGACGCUAUCAAGCCAUUCGUCGUCCCAUUCACUGGACCCUUAAUCCGUGUUGCGACCCAGGCCACAUCAUAUCCGCCAGGAGUCAAAGUCGCCAUCCUGACGGCCCUUACCACGAUGCUGGAAAGGAUACCUGCGUUUGUCAAGCCGUUCUUCCCCCAGCUUCAGCGAACAUUCGUCAAGAGCGCAAGCGACGCUUCCUCUCUAGCAGUCCGGAAUCGUGCCGCAGACGCUCUAGGUGUCUUGAUGCAGAAUCAACCUCGAGUCGACCCAGUUGUUACUGAGCUUAUAUCCGGUGCUCGGAGUAGUGAAGACAGCAUCGCAGCCAGUUUAGUCCUUGCUCUGGCAAACGUCAUCAAAAGUGCCCAUAUAAAUGUCGGUGCAAAAGCCAAGGAGGCAUGCGUCGAUUUGAUUCAAGACGCAUUCAAGGAAGAUCAUGAAGAUACAUAUGUUCAAGCCAUCGCAAAACUCAUGUCGUCGCUGGCACCAUAUCCUGAACUCCUAAAGCCAAUAGUCAAUACGUAUUUGGUUGCGGGAACACCGCCUUCGCCACAAGCUUUGCAUGCCAUUUUGGCAGUACUCUCCCCUGAGGAAGAUGGUGGCUCGCAUUCCGAUCUCUUCCAGGUACUAGGAGUACUGCGGAGCGUAGCGCAGAAGGUGGCGGAGAGUUGUGGAAGUGAUAGAUCGUCCAUUGCUCGUCCCGCUCGAGAAGCUAGGGAGUUGCUAAAGCAGCUUGACGAUGAAGCCUUGCAAGGGGCGUUAUGAGCGUCCGGUGCGGUCGGAUUCGACAAGUCCGUGGCAGUACUGUAUCAUAGACACUCGAAAAGUUCUGAGAACAUGACUUCACGCUACAUACCUUGGCAUUGUAAUAUUAGGGCUUGAGCAACACCGAGCGAA